AGCCGUCAGUCAGCUUCUUAAUGCAUGCCUUUUUUUUCAUUACUCAGUAUAUAAGUGCUCGAUCCACGCGCCUUAACGCAGAGCUGCACCCGAGCGCGCGCAGAACCAUGGCUCCCCGGUAUGUCCAGUUCAUCCCCGCGGUGGUGCUGCUGGUUCUGGCUAUAGUCGGGAUCCUGCUGGUGGUCCUCCCGGCUACAGAGACCGAGAUCCCUUCUGAUAACAUGUUUGGCAUCGUUCUGGAUGCUGGGUCGUCUCACACCUCUAUGUACAUGUACAAGUGGCCGGCUGACAAGCAGAAUGACACUGGGAUUGUUACUCAGCACAGCGAGUGUCAUGCCAAAGGUGGAGGGAUAUCGAGCUAUGCUGGUGUUCGCGGUGGGGCAGCUAAAAGUCUUGAGGCGUGCAUGGAACAAGCCCUGAAAGAAAUCCCCAAAUUCCGGCACCGCCAGACUCCUCUCUAUCUGGGAGCUACUGCAGGAAUGAGGCUCUUGAGCAUAGUCAAUGCCUCAGAGUCCAACCGAGUCCUGAAGGAAGUGGAAACCAAACUGAAGUCUUAUCCUUUCAAAUUCAAAGAGGCAACCAUCCUGAGCGGACAGGAAGAGGGCGCGUACGGCUGGGUCACGGUUAACUACUUACUGGAAAACUUUGUCAAGUUCGGUUUUGUCGGGCGUUGGCUGAAUCCAGGCAGAGACACAAUCGGAGCUCUGGAUUUGGGCGGCGCUUCGACUCAGAUCACGUUUCAGACGUCUGACACGGUGGAGGACAAGAACAACUACAUGGAGCUGAAGCUCUACGGCCACACCUACACACUGUACACCCAGAGCUUCCUAUGCUACGGACAGGACCAGUUCCUGAGGAAACUUUUGGCUUAUCUCAUCAAGACUCAAGGUGUGAAGUCCCAGGUGUCCCAUCCCUGCUAUCCUCAUCAGUUCAACAUGUCAAUCAGGCUGGGGCAGGAUGUCUUUGAUUCCUCCUGCACUAAGGACUACAGACCAGCCCAGUUUGACCCUCAGAUGUCUGUGUCAGUAGUGGGUACAGGAGAUUACCAGACCUGCCUGGACAACGUUAAAAACAUGUUCUCAUUCACCAGCUGCUCCUUCACUAAGUGCUCCUUUGAUGGAGUAUUUCAGCCCAGCCUGAGAGGAAGCUUCAUGGGUUUCUCUGCUUUCUUCUUCACUCACAGCUACAUCAACCGCCUCACCAACAUCACCCUCACGUCACCUAAUCGAAUGAAGGAGGCAAUCCGACUCAUGUGCAACAUGAGCAUCUCUGAGAUGACUGAAAAGACAAAGGUGUCGGCCAAACACAUGAAGAACGUCUGUGCCAUCGCUAAUUUUGUUCAGGUCCUCUUGACGCAGGGAUACGGUUUCGAUGAGCGCUCGCUUCCUUCCAUCUCGUUCCAGAAAAAGGCCGGAGGAGCAUCUGUAGGCUGGGCUCUGGGCUACAUGCUCAGUCUGAGCAGUAUGGUACCAGCAGAGAAACUCGGGCUGGUGAAGGCUUUGCCCUCAGGGCCCUGGGCUGGCAUCCUCUUCCUCUUCAUCACCUUCCUCUUCUUUUCGCUGGGAUACAUGCUGAUGAUCUACAGAAACAUAAGAACUAAAGAAGGCAUGGUGUGACACGCCUCCUGCUCCUCUGCAUAAAUCCAUCUGAAACGGUCGGCCUCUUAAAGGAAAACUGCAUGAACAAUGUAUACAAACGUUAUCAGUAAAAUAUUAACAUGUCCUGCAUAUAUUUGCUUUUAAAAUCCACAAGCCUUCAUGUUGCUCCUGAGAUUCAUGUCACUCCUAUUCUAAAUGUUUCAGACGUCUUAUGCUAUCUUAAAACUUGACUGAUAACAAAGAACGUCUCCUCACGAUGCCUUGGAUAUAUAAGAAGUCAGGUUUUGGUGCCUUCAGUCGUUAUUGGUCAUGAUUGUUCGGUCCUUCUCAUCCACAUGAACUGAGCUUCACUCUAAUUGUGAGUCAUUUGAAAGCAGACUGAAAACAUACGUUUAUAUGCAAGAUCUUAGAUAUUUAUGUUGUGGUUUACAUGUCAAGAUUUAAUCAGUAUUGUAUUUUUUUUUUUUAAUAAUCGCUCCUAGUUGGCAUUUCUUCCAAUGUGUUGUUAUUGAAUGUUUUUAUAUAAACCCUCUGUUUCUUUUGUUAAUUGCUUAUUUUCAUAUAUGGUCUUUGACAUUUUUAUUUUGUUACGUUUUAUUUGAAACAAGAUUGAGUCUAAAAUUCUAUAAUGUACGAUAGAAUUACGAUAGAGAUUAAAGUCAUAUAUUUAUGAUAUUAAAUUUGUAAUGCAACAUAAAUAAGGCAGUGGUUAAAAUGAUGAUUCUGAAAAGUUGUAUCAUAAGAGCAGCUAUCCGCCUGAGUGAAACUGAAACUGAUGAAAGACAUUUCUCGGCCACAAAAGAGACAACUUCCUCCAAGUCAGACAGUCUUUGAGUCUGUCUCCUGAUACUGAGACAAUGUGAUGCUGAUGUGCCAAAAGAAUGUGUAGUUUCAUAUCUGCAGAAGUAAAGCCCCAACAAAACUAUUCAGAUAUUUAGAGACCUCGUCAAACUGUUUUAAAGCAGAUCAGUUAAUAUUCAGUCAAUCUGUGUUUCAGACUACACAAGUAAGUCUUUACUUAUUUUCUUUCCCCUGUACUAAAGUAUAACUUCACAGGAUGUUCUGCGUUCCUCAUUUUCAUACAGGUAGCUGCUUCUCUUCUGAUGUAACUAUAGGCUAACGACAUUAAUCUAGUAAAUUUCCAACUUUAUUCCCGUAAAUGUAUGACUUUAAUUUUGAAAUCUCAGGUUUCUUUCCCCCCCUUAAUGUGGCCCUAAUACGCCCUUUAACUAAAACUACAUUUGUUUUGGCAUAACAGCCAUUAAUGAUACAUAAAGGAAUGAGUUAAUUGUGAUAGAAACAGCAUGUGCGUGCUUCAGUGGAUGCAAAAUGCCUUAAAUGUUGAAGUAAAUGUGGGAAAGAAAACAAUCAUAUUCUAAUGAGUCCCCACCUGUGAGCAGUUUUUGUGGAGGCAGUUUGAAGAAUGCUAAUAAUUAAGCAUUCACCUGGUUUGAAUCUAACUGGGGAAAUGAUGACUACUACUGUGAAACUUGUUGAUUCAGAUCCGUAUAAACAUGAUCAUUAUAUGUUCCAGUUUUCUGAUCAUCUGUGAAUUAAAGCGUCUUAAAUUCA